UACAGACAAGUCAGAAAUGGUGGCAGUCGUCAGUGUAUAAUUCCUCGUUUAUUUUACCCUGUGGCCAAAUCUUGUCUGUGUAACGAUGCCGGGGAUGUGUUCUGUGCCGGGCUGUAAAGGCUACAAGAAGGCGAGGUCUCGGGGAGUCGUAUUCCACUCUCUGCCUACAAGGGACCCGGGGCGAUGCAGAAAGUGGUUAAAGGCCAUACAGAACCCAAAAUUUGACGAAAACACACCAGUAAGUAAAUACGGCAACAUUAGAGUCUGUAGCCAGCAUUUUAAGACGGAAGAUUACGAGCCGGACAUACAGGCAGAACUUAUGAAAACAACGCCCCGAAAAAUCCUCAAGUCCAACGUAAUUCCAUCAGUGUUUUCUGGAAGACAGCAAGAAGAUCUCAGUACUUCUCUGCCAUCAGAUGAUAUGAGACAAACAGAGGCGAAAGCUCCCAGUACAGCCGCCCAUACCUCUACCUCAGUGGUUUCAAGUUCCAGCAUGGACUGCAUGUUGCAACGGGUCUCUGUGUUAACCUCAGGUCCGAGUUUGUCGUCACAGGCUUCUUCCUUGGGUGUUCAAGUCACUGAUGUGGAUACUGCAUCACUUUCUCCUUCCCUGACAAUUCCUAUUGCCUCAGGAUUUUCCAGCACUUCAUCCCAGUCCCCUCCACCCGAUGAACUUGGUGAAAGUUUGUGCAGUGUUGCAUCUGUGGAUCGUCUGAGUGAGCACUUCCACCAAGAGACCGAAUUAAGCUUGACAUCGAAGUCAAAAUCCAAUAAUAACACAGAAAAAGACUUGAGUCAGUCAAAAACUAUUGUGAAUGACAGCUGCUUGAUGGAGCUGUUUCAGAAAUGUCAGACUUGUGGACAGCCCAUAACCAAGAAGAAGGUGUCUCACUGUGGGGCACAGAAGAAGGUGAGGUGGAGCUGCCUUGGUGGACACAGGGGCAUAUGGAUGUCAUCGCCUCACCUUUGGGAGGCAUUUCCUGAAAUCCACCUUCUUUUGACUCUUUCCGUUCUUUUUUCUGGAGGCACCUUUUCACACUUUAAAAAGUGGGCCAAACACCUGCACCUGAAUUUCAUGGGGCAUAAAACCUUUUUUGAAAUUCAAAAGGCGUGCCUCAACCCAGAAAUGAAACAGAUGAACAGGACUGAGCAGGAAGGGAUCUUUGCAAAGGGGGUACACCUACAGCCUGAAGGCACUCUUCUUCACAUUGCAGAUCCUCUGAAGGAAAUUAAGGCCAAGUCAAGGAGAAGAGAGAAGGGAGUUCUUUCGUCAUGGUCAAGUUAUGAAAAGAGAUCCUCAAUAUUGCUGACCUCUACUGGCACGUGCAUGCAAGAGCCCACUGCACAAUCAAGUCUUGGACAUGUCUCUUCCUCUGAAAGUUUUGAGGAGAUGGAGGUCACCAUUGACGAGGACGAAUACGACAGUGUGACGAACAGACUAUCGGACUUGGAUAGUGAUAUGGAAAAUGUCGUAGAAACAACUGAGCUGAAUGCUGCAGGAGCUGAUGACAGCUGUGAUGAAGACGUCUACGUACCAAUAAUCCCUCAGAGGUCCACAGCAUCUGAACUUAUACUGGAAUGUGAAGAAGAGGAGCUGGAGCCAUGGCAAAAACAAACUUCACAUGUUCAGUUGAAGGAUGAGGACGUCGGAGAGUCGACAAAUGACCAAACAGAUGUUAAGCCGGAGCUUCUUCAGAGAAAUGCAGCGAAUACUUCAGCAUUUAAGCUGAAAACACAAACUCAACAGCCUGUUGUCUUCAACAACCAAGGCUUCAUUGUGGCUUCUCCCCAGUUUACAAACAAUAAUGAUUUUAUUGGCUCUCUCGGGACGCCAUGCAAUGCUGGGAAUUCAUUUACAAUAGUAGCAGCUGCUCAUCAGCAACUUUUCCAGAAAGCGGCUACAGCAUCAGUAAAACCUGAGAUCUGUGAUAUUGUUCAUACCUCUGAGGUGCAUCACCCUGUGUCCUUAUCCAGUCUCCAUAGUCCUGCAGCAUCAUCUAACCAACUGCAGCCAGACCAGUCCAGCUCAGAAGCUCUCCCUGUACCUUUGACUCUGCCUUUUUUUUCUGUACUUAAACUUGAAUCAACUGGUACAUCAAACAAACAACAAUUUUAAAUGCAGUUUGUCUCACAGUUACAGUCCACUUCAAAGGUACUGGUUUAUUGUAAUAUUAU